AUGAUACUGCUCAACUGUUUGAGUCUGGCUAUGAACAAUCCAGGUGUGAAGACAAGCUUCAAACGAGAGGUCCUGGAAACCUUUAUCUUUGCAUUCUUUGUGCUGGAAAUGCUCAUCAAGAUGGUGGCCCUGGGAGUCUUUGGCUAUAACGGGAGUUACCUUAGCAACAACUGGUACAAGCUGGACUUCUUCAUCAACUUUGGAGAGGUGUUGGAUUAUCUCUUGGAUUUUCUUGGGAUCCAUCAACCAAUCUGUCAAGUGCUCGGCCCGAUGCGACUUAUCAGCAGAGUUCCAAGUAUGAGAGACGUGGUGACAAUACUCAUAAGCACUGUGCCCUUUUUUGCAAAUGCUCUCAUCCUCUUCCUCUUCGUCAUUCACAUCUUCAGCGUUGUGGGAGUGCAGUUGUGGGCAGGGCAGCUGCGCAACCGCUGCUUCCUAGGAGAGGACAUCCAAAUGAAGUACAACGUGUCCCUAAGUCCCUACUUUGUGACAAGGUAUGGUGAAAGAAAACCAUUCAUCUGUUCACCUGAGGGCAAGAACGGGAUGCGGCGCUGCCAUGAUGUGCCACCGCACAGCGAGAACGGGCAAACCUGCUCACUGGCUGCUCCCCUGCAUGCUUCAGCUGGGAAUGAGUUAAUCCCUGCAGUGGCUGGGUCCAGUGCGAACAUGUGUGUCAACUGGAACUUGUACUACAAUGUCUGUCGUGCCGGGGAGCGCAACCCUAACAUGGGAGCUACCAACUUUGAUAACAUCGGCUAUGCUUGGAUAACCAUAUUCCAGGUUGUCACACUGGAAGCAUGGACGGAGAUCAUGUUUCACGUCAUGGAUGCCUAUUCCUUUUGGAGUGUUGUGUAUUUCAUAUUCGUCACCAUCAUGGGCUCCUUUGUAAUGAUGAAUGUGUGCGCAGUGGUCAUUGCCACUCAGUUCUCAGACAACAUGAAACAGGAGACCAGAGAGCAGAGUGCUGAUGCUGGGUCUAUUGCACGGCUCACCUGCUGGCUACAGGAGAUCUUGAGUAGAUACAACAGACAUCGUAACCGGGUGCACCCUGAUGGCAGAGACAGUGACAGUGACAGGAGGAGCACUGCUGCAUUGGUCUGGAGACAAUUAACAAGAAAUCUUUCGAGGAAGGUCAAAAGUAAACUCUUCGAAAGAGUGAUCAAGUUAACUGUUUUCCUCAGUGUUCUCACUCUGGCCAUUGAGCAUCAUCAGCAGCCUAAGGAGUUGACACUGUUGUUACAGAUCAGUAACAUCAUCUUCACCAUCACAUUUGUUGUGGAGAUGGUCUUAAAGCUGCUGGCUCUUUCGUGGACAUACUUCAUAAAUCGACAGAACAUCUUAGAAUUUGUCAUCGUUGUCACCAGUGUGUGGAAGAUCGUUGCUGAAGCCAGUGGCACGUUGUCAGUUCUGCGUGCAUUUUGUCUCCUGCGGUUUUUAAGGCUGCUUCACUUCCUUCCUUACCUGAAGAAACAACUACUGGUGCUGAAGAGAACAAUGGGAGAGGCAGCCACACUCUGCACACUACUGCUGUUUGUCAGUUUCAUUUUUGGUAUAAUUGGUAUGCACUUGUUUGGUGGUAAAUUUAACUUCAAGACGCAGCACGGAGACACCAUCACUGACCGUAAGAAUUUCGACACCCUGCUCUGGUCUAUAGUCACUGUGUUCCAGAUUAUGACUCAGUAUCAGUGGAAUUUUGUUCUGUACAACGCUAUGGCCACCACCUCACCAUGGGCUGCUCUCUUCUUUGUUGCGGUCAUUGUCGUGGCAAGAUAUGUUCUUCUCAAUGUACUUGUGGGCAUAGUGGUUCAGAUCUUCCGCGCCAGGCCAUCCACAAGCACCGAUCAAGACGCCUCUCUCUCUCCCUGUGGGUCCUCCAGCUCCAUCCCAGCCAGUCUGACCCUGGAGAACACCCCACAGACAGAUAAAAAGAAAAAUGGCUCUCUCUCUCCCUGGGGACUUGAAGAAGACUCUGCACUUAGAGAUACCAAUGGAGACAAUAGACCUUUGAACUCUAUCCAGAAAAUGCUCCGCUGGUGCAAGGAGCAUAAAGAGUGGUCAUUCUAUGUGUUGUCUCCCCAAAACAGAUUCCGCAUCUCUUGCCAACGUGUAAUCUCUCACAAGAUUUUCGACCACGUGGUUCUGCUCUUUAUACUCCUAAGCUGUGUCACCAUUGCUAUAGAGAGGCCUGGAAUAGACCCUGCAAGCACGGAGCGAAGGAUCCUGAGAAUGUCCCAAUACGUAUUCUCUGCUGUCUUCCUGGUGGAGAUGCUUGUUAAGGUUCUAGCUCUUGGGUUGGUGUUUGGAAAGGAGAGCUACUGCCGGUCUCCCUGGAAUGUUGUGGACGGUUUGUUGGUGAUUUUGUCUUUGGUCCACAUCCUUGUCUCUCUGGUCAGUUCAGAUAAAGAUAACAUGCUUGGCAUCCUCAAAGCUUUGCGUCUGCUACGCACACUUCGCCCACUAAGAGUGAUCAAACGAGCCCGUAAACUGAAGGUGGCGGUAGAAGCUCUGAUAGCCUCGGUUAAACCCAUGGGAAACAUCGUUCUCAUCUGCUGGACCUUUCUCUUUUUCUAUGGCAUCCUUGGGGUGCAGCUGUUCAAAGGGAAGUUCUUCUACUGUGUGGGACAAGACACAAGGAAUAUCACCAACAAGACCGACUGUCUGUCAGCCAACUAUCGCUGGGUACGAAAGGAGUAUAACUUCGACAACCUGCCUCAGGCUCUGAUGUCCUUGUUUGUGAUGUACUCUAAGGAUGGAUGGCUGAACAUCAUGUAUGAUGGGCUAGAUGCUAUUGGAGUAGACCAACAGCCCGUGAAAAACUACAAUGAGUGGAUGCUUCUUUAUUUCAUCCCCUUCAUGAUUGUGAGCAUCUUCCUCCUCGACAUGUUUAUUGGUGUAAUGGUGGAGACCUUCCACCAGUGUCAGCAAGAGCAGAGAAGAAGAGAUGCAGAGGAAGCAGCUCAAGGCCAGUGCAGAGCAGACACACGUGUUUCAGAGCCUCAGCAGAUGCCAUAUUACACUAAUUACUCCCCCUUUCGUCGGUCUAUACACACUCUAUGUACCAGCAACUUCCUGGACCUUUUCAUGGCUGUUAUUAUUUUUGGGAGUGUCUUCAUAAUGGCUUUUGAACAUUACAAUCAACCUCCGGUUUUUGAGAAGCUUGUGGAGUAUUCCUACUACGUGUUCACAGUUUUCCUGAUUAUCGAAGUCCUGCUGAAGCUCGUUGGGAUUGGUCUACGGAGGUUCUUACAAGUCAGUUGGAAUCUGCUGGAUGUCGCCAUUGUCUUGAUUUCCAUCACGAGUAUCAGUUUUAACUUGAUGAAAAUGGCAGACGUGAUUCCCAUCAAUCCCAGCAUCCUGAGAGUCUGUAGAAUACUCAGACUAGGACGAGUGCUCAAGGCCAAAAAGAUACAAGUGCUACUGAAAACAAUAAUCAGCACUUUGUCACAGGUUGGAAAUAUAUGUCUCCUCUUCACAUUCUUCUUUUUUAUCUAUGCCGCGAUGGGAGUGGAGCUCUUUGGAAAGUUAGAAUGCACCGAUGAUUACCCAUGCUGGGCUUUACAUCGCCAUGCCAACUUCAGACACUUUGGGAUGGCCUUGCUCACGCUGUACCGAGUUUGCACCGGAGACAACUGGAGCGCAAUCAUGAAGGACACACUAAGGGCGUGUCGUCCUAAUGAUGACAGCUGUUUGGGCUACCGGUCCCAUCUCGCUCCAUUCUACUUCAUCAGCUUUGUGGUCAUGGCCCAGUUUAUGUUAGUAAACCUGGUGGUGGCGGCAAUCAUGCAAGGUCUGAAGGACAGCUAUGAGUAUGAAGUGUCCUUGAAAGUCAUGGAAAAGAGGAAACAGAAGAAAGAGGUGGAAGCCCGGUGGCCUGCUGUGAGGGAAGCCCUCUAA